GCCUGCUGUGCGCUGCGCUAAGCUUUACCACUGCGGAGGAGGACCGUGUAAGCAGUGCGAAGAAAACGACAGGAGGAGGCAAAAUGGCAGCAGCCCUGAAAGAGAGGUUUGAGAAAUUUUUGCACGAGAAGAAUGUUGUCACUGAUGUGUUGCAGAAGAUCGAGAGCAAAACGGGAGUGAGCCGGUUGUACAUUGCUUUAGCUGUCAUUGCCAUCAUCUCUGUGUAUCUCGUCAUUGGAUAUGGUGCGUCUCUUCUUUGCAACCUUAUUGGAUUCGUUUAUCCAUCCUACAUUUCAAUCAAAGCUAUUGAAAGCACAAACAAAGAUGAUGACACAAAAUGGCUGACCUACUGGGUGGUAUAUGGAGUUUUUAGUGUUGCAGAAUUCUUUGCGGACAUCUUCUUGUCUUGGUUUCCCUUCUACUACAUUGGCAAGUGUGCUUUCCUGGUAUGGUGUAUGGCCCCCACACCAUCCAAUGGCUCUAUCCUGAUCUACACUCGUGUCAUUCGCCCCUUUUUUCUGAAACAUGAGCAUGACAUGGAUCGUGUGGUAAAGGAUCUGAAAGAUAAGGCUGCAGGAGCUGCAGAUACUGUUACCAGUGAAGCUAAGAAAGCUGCAGCACACAUAAUGUUUGAAGAAAAGAAGAGCUCAUAAAAAUUAAGACGACAGACGCCUUAUUUAACAUAUAAAAUCUUAAUUACUGGAGGAUUGCUGGACAAAAGCGAAAUAAAUGUUGCCUUGAUUUUUUUCUACAACCCAGAAGUUUAAGACUUUUGCCCUAUUGUUGUUGUCUGUGUGUCAGGUAGCAAAGAAGCAGACCAUUUUGGUGCACUGGCAAAUAAAUGCCAUGGCUUCUGGUAAAGCAAUUUCAGUCUCUUAUGCUUAGGAAAUCAUUGUCCUUCUCUUGUAAAAUAAAAUAAAUCAACCAAAAAAUGUG